AUGCUCCUUCGCCAUGGGGCAGAUAUCAACUACAAGUACAUUGAACGACAUGCUCCUAGGAAACCUAUAAAUCCACGUGGAGGACCAGGGCACGAAUCAACAGCAUUAUCAGUGGCAGCCGCAUACGGCCAUUUGACUCUGGUUAACCUUUUACUGGCAAAUGGCUCCGACGUCAAAACGGUGUUCGCUGGUGUCUGGAUGACUCCUUUAUACUUGGCAGUUGAGAAAGGUCACGAAGAGGUUAUCAAAGCGUUUUUAGCCCACGGUGCCGAUGUCGAUGAUCGACAUUUACGUGAAGCUGUUUCGCAACGUAACAAGAAAGCACUAUAA